CAUACAGAAACGACAAGGCUUGGGUUUCUAAUUUUCCAUCGUCUUCCCUUGUAUGAAUUCCGUUCCAAAUUCCCGACAAAUUUUUUUUUUUUUCCUCCGACACCAUUAAACUAGAUUCAUAGAUUCGCAGUGAAUCCAAUCCAUAAUUAUCCAGUUCGAUUUUCUGCUCUCGAUUCUUCAUCAUCAUCGUCUUCGCUGAUUGAAUCAGUCAGAGUCAUCCUAAUCAAUGGCGUGGAACGUGUUCAAGUUCUGUACGGCCCUGCGAGCGCUGGGCUCCGUGAUAAUCGUGUUCGUCCUGGGAAUAGUGUCGCUCACCUAUUACGUCGUCGUUUUAGCCGAUUACGGACCUUCGCUCUUCCUCGGAGGCCUUGAUUCCCUCCUUUCUCUACUUGUCUUGCCCUUGUUUCAUUCUCUGCUAGUGAUGUUACUGUGGAGCUAUUUUUCUGUUGUUCUUACGGACCCGGGUGGUGUUCCGCCGAACUGGAGGCCUGUAACGGACGAGGAAAGGGGCGAGGCAGAUUCAUUGGUGGAGUCGGAAUAUAAUGGCUCAGAUCUAGCUUCGAACCGAUUAGAUGAUCUAGACCAUCAAAGAGUGCGUUUCUGUCAGAAAUGCAACCAGUUUAAACCGCCUCGGUGCCAUCAUUGUUCUGUCUGUGGAAGGUGUAUAUUGAAAAUGGAUCACCAUUGCGUUUGGGUUGUGAACUGUGUUGGGGCAUUCAAUUACAAGUAUUUCCUUCUUUUCUUGUUUUACACAUUUCUUGAGACAACUGUUGUCACUUUAUCAUUAUUGCCGUAUUUUAUAGCAUUCUUUACUGAAGGUGAGAUACCUGGAACACCAGGCACCCUUGCAGCCACUUUUAUAACAUUCAUUUUGAACUUCGCCUUUGCUUUGAGUGUUAUGGGGUUUCUGAUCAUGCACUUAUCGUUGGUGGGAGCCAACACUACUACAAUUGAGGCAUAUGAGAAGAAAACAACUCCCAAAUGGCACUAUGACCUUGGUCGGAGUAUCAACUUUGAACAGGUCUUUGGAACGGAUAAGAGGUACUGGUUCAUACCCGCAUAUUCGGAAGAGGAUUUAAGACGGAUACCUGCACUUCAGGGUCUAGAAUAUCCAACGAAGCCCGAGUUGAACGCGCUCCGGCCAUUAUGAUAGCAAACAAGAACGUGAGGUUUGGAUUUCUUCAGACUGGUGUGACACAAACAUACCCUGAUUAUACCCUGGAAAAAUUGGCUCGGCCAACUGUAUUAUCCCAACACAAGUCAUGAGUCACAGAUAUCAGCUUUGAACUAACCUCAUUGUUUCAGUCAGACUCAAGGAGAUGUGAUGAGUGGAAAAGUAUUCUUUUCUGGCUGCUUGGGUGAACUCCAAUUUAUACAGGAUACGAUGUAAUUGAUUAAAAUUGGGCUUUGUCUGUGUAAGGAUGGAGGAGGGGGAAAAAAUGAAAAAUUGGGGUAAUUGGGUUUGUAUAGAUGUGAUGUAUGAAUGCUAUUUAUCACGAGCUUUUGCAGGUAUAUCAAUGUUAUUUGUUACUUGUUAGAAA